ACUUUCUAUACAAUAAUAUUAUGGUCUAUGAUGAUAACGACGACAAGACUCACACGAGUAAAUUGUACCAAUUGGUACAAUUGUACAAGACCUGAAAAUGGAGGGAAAUUCACCAAAUCAUCAAGUCGAAUAUCAACCGUUAUUGUUAGUGAUUUACAGUAUUUGUAUCGUAUUAACUAUUAAUAAUUAAUAUUAGUCGAGUACCUCCUGGACUAUAUUUAAUACACUAUUUUGUUUUAUCGUAUAUUAAUCCGUGGUAUUCAAUACGCGUUCUACUGACUAUCCUAAUUCCUUAACCCCAGAAUUAUAACCCGAAUAGGAUACGAGGACACUAGAAACCGUAUGAAACACUGCGGUCUGCAUCGAUCGCCAAUCUGCCUGUCUGACAUCCAUCGAUUAUGGAUGAUUUUGUGGUACACCAUUUCCUCAGGUGUCAUUCGAAGUCCGACAAUGAUUCGGCUGACGUUUCCACACAGGUGUGGUUUGCAGCGUUCGAACCAUCCAGUAAAUCCCACUUAGUGGCUACGUGUGGUGGCAACAAGGUCUGUGUUAUCGACGUAAAGACAGGACAGGUCCAGUUUAGAUAUACUUAUCUCAAAGGACUGUUGUAUACAUUAUCUUGGAGUACAGCAUGCCCCCACAAUAAUAUAUUGGCCGCUGGCGGGACUAACAAUACAAUUGUGCUUAUAGACUUGUCAACCAAAUCAGCAUACCUUCACUACAAUUUAUUUGAAAAGAUCCAUAGAAAAGUAUUUAUUAGUUCCAUUUUAUUUCAUCCUUUUCAAAAUAUAUUGUUUUGUGCAUCAAACAAUGGAUACUUAAACAUAUUCGAUUUCGAAACUUGUGAUUAUCGUAUCGUAAAUCUUGAACCCCGAUACUCCAUUGAUCUCAAGUGUGAAAUAUUUGGAUUAACAUUUUGUGAAAUAAAUGAUUAUUUACUCAUUGCCACUAAUAUUGGUUUAAAAGGAUGGGAUAACACUCAGAGCCAGGAUCAAGAACUUAUAGAUUUUGAACUUCCCAAAAAUCCUAAUGAAAUGUACAAGGAUCAAAAUGAAAACGUAAUUGAUUCAAUCGAAAUUGUUAAAGACAGUUGGAUUGCUACUAAAGCGGCACUGCACGGAGUUAUAUACAUUUUCGAUCUAGAAGCAACACUGUCCAAAACUAAGAAUAACAAGUGUUUAGUGAAACCAACUUAUAUACUUCAAUGGAGUGACACAGACAACUAUUUUAUGAGCUGUGGUGUUGGCCUUGAUGGCAAGCUCUUAGUGUGUGGGGAUGAUAGAGGUAGCGUUUGGAUUUACAACCUGAAAGACAUAGCCUUCAAAUCUUCAAAAAGUGAUUCAAAGGUCAUUACCGUCGAUUCUGUCUUGAAAUGGCCCAAACUUCAUGACAAGUUUUUGAAAAAGAAAAAGAAAUUGGAAGUAGAUGUUUAUGACAUAGUAAUGGCUAAAUGUGCUGUGCACUCUAGUGGAAAAUAUCUUGUUGCGGUUACUAAUAAUAAUUUGGUUUGCUUGUACAAGAAGUCAGCAGUAAGAAAAUAAAAUACAACUUAGUAUUACAAUUUAAAAUGUUAUAUUAUUUCAAUGUAUUAGGAAAAAUUACAAUUUGUAUGUAAAUGAUGUAAAUUAAAUAAUUAUUAUUACAGACAAAACUUAUAAGUUAUAAUCCUAUUUUCUAUCAAUUUACAAACUUAUAAAUUACGUCAGGUUUACGGAUAACUUAAGGGUUCCAUGUGUACAUGGCUAUAUAAAAAAAAAA